AGUCAGUUGAUAAACAGACCAAAACAUUGGUGUGGGUUAACGUAAUUUAUUAAAAUAACCCGGGUAUAUAAGGAUUAAAAACGAAAAGCGACCUGUUCAAUAUAAAAACGAGACGAUGGCAGAAGGCGGUGUCACUCCAGUUUUGGAAAACAUAGAUUCUGGCAACGUUAGCCCAGCUGAAUCGCAAAGUGAAAGUAAAAUGGACGGAAUGGAUGUCCUCUUGGAAAGAAUAAGAAGUGAACGACAGAAUGAGUUGAGAGAAAUCCAGAACAACAACAGACCUGUUACAGGACAAGAUAACAGAAAUAACAUAAACCAGUUCAUGAGAAAGAAUGCUGAAGUUCGUGAAACGGUCCAGGCUGCAGGAAAAGAUAAUGUUCCUCUCAAUUCUCGCAAUGUUGAAGAACACAGACCUGACGCAGUUGUCAUUGAGAUCCAAGGUGUCUCCCAGCAACAGCGUGUAUCCAGCAUGCUCCAGACUGCAGGUUUCCGACGGAACUUGGAGAACAUUAUCCGGGGCAGUAUCCGCUCUGUGUCACAGAAUCACCGGCCCACACCAUCACCCAUUCUGACACCAAGAGCACAGACCCCCAUCCAAGACACAGUUUCCCCGAGACCCCCAUCAGUUGAGCAGCAGAGACGUGACAGUGUGUCUAGCAGAGUGACCACAGCCAGUUCUUCCUCGGCAAGUUCACGGGCAUCAUCCAUUGGCCCUGUAGACUACAAUAGCAGAGUGCAGGACCCUAGAGGCCUGCUGGGUUCUAUAUUGAACAAUGUCCCUGCAACUCCCCCAGCCCCUCCUAUCAUCCCGACCCCUGCUGAAAGUGCCCAGGAAAUCAACUGGCACACGGUAGAGGAAUUCCAGCAGGAGGAGCUCGUACAGGAAGUGAGUGAGCUUGUGCACAGGAGACUGGUUACCACCGCACUUGACGGAGAGCUCAGGAAUGUCCUCGAGCGCCAUCUCAGGAACCAUCUCGAGGCUACAGGUUCAGAUGGUGAAAGGGUACAGGAGUUUAUUCGAUCCAUUCCUCAGUCCCAGCUCCACAUCCAGAACGACUUCUCAGAACUGGGCAUUCCCCCACCUAAUGAAAACAACUGGGACAACGUGUCCAUUCACAGCGUCACUGCUACAACUGUACCUUACUCACAGUCGAACCUGCAUCUGGGUCGUCAGAUAGUCUCAUUGAAGGCCCAGCUUGAGGAGAUGAAGAACAUGAUGAAGGUCAGCUUUGACCUGCAGAUGGACAUACAGCGCUCCAUCAGACAGGAAGUAGCCGCCGGGCUGGCUGCCGCUGCUGCUGCAGGUGCCCAGGCUCCCCCUCAGACCACACCACAGGUGACGUCCACGCCCGUCAACGACACACACUGCCUCAUCUGUCUGGAUAACCACAGUGACUCCGUGCUCUACCAAUGUGGACACAUGUGCGUGUGUUUCCCUUGCGGACGUCACCUCAUGGACCGUGGUGCCAAGUGUCCCGUCUGCAGGGCACCCAUCAGAGACAUUAUCCGAGCUUACAAAUGUAAUCAGGAUUGAAGAUUGUGAUGGGAACUUCCAAAUGAAACUAGAGUUGAAGAUUGUGAUCCUGGCUGCCCAUUGAAAUAAGGGUUGAAGAUUGUGAUUUGAGCUUACAAAUGGAUUGGGGAUGAUGAUUCUCCAAUCAGUUGCAAUAGGACUUGUUAUUGUUAUGUUUUAGUAACAUAACAUCACAUUAACAGACCUCCUUAUGUACAUAUAAAUGUGUUCUUGCUAUUAAUUACUUCUUCAGGUCUUUCAAACCAAUGCUUGAAUUUGUUCUGGAAUGAUUUGAGAUAUAUAUUGCUGUCAGAUGUGACUAGUUAACAUUAUGAUGGCAAAUAGUGGAAUGUUGUUUCUGCUGGCCAGAGUUGAUUUUUCAUUGUUGUUGCUAUUGUUGGCAUUAUUAUAGUUUUGUUAUAUGAAAUAAAUUACAUAUUGUAACUUCUU